AUGUCACAUUACGACGAUUCGGGCGAUAGCGCCGAUUAUUUGCACUGCAUUGAUGACUCGAGUGAAGAAGAUUGCGGGUUGAUCGAUGCAUUUCAGCAGUUUGAGGCGCAGGCGGAAAAGCGGACAUUGGAUCUGCUUACGACUACCGAUGAACAACUAUUUGAUAAAUCACAUCCGACAAUUGAAAAAGCUACGAAGACACCAGACUAUCCUGCGUACAUGUACAUGAGCGACCACUUUCGACUUAAGAAACCUCCAAAUUUUCAGCACUGGCAGCAAAAUUUUCAGUACUUGCGGGUUAAAGGAUCGAAUAUGCUGGAAGAAUCGCUGGAUCAUAUUCAGCUGGUGCCGAUGGAAAGAAAGGAAUCAAACAAAGUAUUGGAUUAUGUUAACAAUGUGGAGCUACAAGUGAAAGGCACUGCGUGUUUUAAAAUACCGACGGCUCCUUUCCGUGAGUGUUAUGAAGAGAUCAUCUUAUGUGAUGGGGUGAUGGAAGAACAACUACAACUUGACGAGAAAUCGAAAGAUGAAAAGCCCGAGCAUGGCGGGAUUUCUCUUCAUGCUACACUCGUCGAAGAAGUUUUAGAUUUCUUGACGAUUAAGUUUUUUUCUUCCACGGUAGUUCCAAUGUUGACUUUGCUUUCUCAGACGUUAGUGGAAAAGCAAGACCAGAAUAACCAAGCUGUGCAUGAUAUUAGGGAAUGUACUGAAGGUACGAUGGAAAAGCGAUUAGCCUUUAAACAGACACAACAUCUUGAAUUAGAAGAAGAGGCCGAAGAAGACGCUGAAGAAUCGAGCCAGCAACAAUUACAUGGAGAAGAAAAGUGUAAACGAAUGCGACAGUUUCAAACGUUUAUUAUACAGGAGAAGGAUGGAGAGGUGGCGUUGGCUCACUCUGUUCAGAAGGAAACAUGUGGUUCGAGGCGUGACCGUCAGUUGAUGCCUGGACUUCGUCCUAAGAGAACGAAAGAAGAUUCAAUUGAUAACUUCCGUAAGCAUCAUUUGACCCGAACCAACAGUCGCCGAAUAAAGCAGUUUAGUACUCAUUGCAAACCUCAGUCUGAUAAGCACACUGGUCGGGCUUUGACCGGCGAUAACGUGUGCGAUAAUUUUCGGAUGAAAAAAAUCGCCCAGACUUCCGUCUACACUUCAGGUUUUCCAGACUUACUUUAUCAAGGGCGUAGACGAAAAGAAAGCAGUGAUCGUUGCAAAUUGCCAAGUAUUCCGAGAUCUCAUUCGAAAGCGAUUUGA